UCUGCGAAGCUAGAAUGCUUUGCUGAGCAGCGUUAAAAAAAAAUGGCUGUUCGUGUAUACAUCGCUAAAAUUUGUAUAGUUCAGUAGAAUUUUAUUGAACUAAUGUCCGAAAUGAGGCCAUAUUUGCAGGAAUUCCACGUAUCAUUGAAAGAAAAUUGAAAAUGAGUCAUUUAUUUGAAUAUAUGUUUGCAUUUUUACAGCUGACUGUUACUUCCAACGGUUGAAGUUCGUUCGAUAACUGACCUUAUAGGAUUAAAAUCUUAGCAAACUUAAUUUGCUCUUUACUUGAAUUGUCCAGCAACUGAUGUCGGAAAUGCGUCUCCUUAAUUCUCACAACACUGAUCGUCCGUAGCGUGGUACAGGUUUUUGCUCAUAUGGAACAUGAUCACAAGAUAUAUUAAGGCAAUGUGAAACAUUAACUUAAUGAGAAAAGUAGGCUUUACAUACUCGCCGAUUACACGAUGGCCACAGUUCAACAGCCAACCACACAAUUGGAAUUCCACCAAGCCAUGGCAGACUUCAGAACAAUGUUUCCAGAUAUGGACGAUGAAGUUAUAGAGGCAGUCCUAAGGGCAAAUCAAGGUGCUGUAGAUGCAACCAUUGACCAGCUUUUGGCAAUGACAACUGACAAUGAGAAUGAGAAGUUGCGCAAUGAAAUUGAACAAAAGGAAACAUUGGAAACUUCAAAAGGUCUUGGCACGACUGCUGAGGUUGCCAUUAUAACAAGUUCAUCUCCUGCAAAAAGCCCUCAGAGGCCAGCUUCUGGAGAUGAAGUACCAUUGACAUUGUCUACAACACCUCCACUACAUUCACUCCGUGGUUGGGUACCACCACUUGUAGGACCAUUGCCUGAUGACUUUCUAAGGAUAACACCAGCCACGACAUGGGAUAGUCACCAUAAGAAACAGGCAAUGAUGCUUAAUCAGCAGAUGUUACAGAAGAAAUUUGCAGAAAACCAAAAAGUCCGUGGUGUUUUAUGUGAUGGUGCUGACCCUGAGUUAGAUCGCUAUCUUGAAGAUGAGAGAAUUGCUCUUUUCUUGCAAAAUGAAGAGUUUAUGGCAGAAUUACGUUGGAACAAAGACUUUCUUUCUACAUUAGAGAAGGACCAAGCAGAUGAGAGCCCUCCUGAAGAAACACUUGCACCAUAUCCCUUAAAGCCAUUGUCUGCUGCACAUGAUGAGGAUGACAUAUUCAGAGAACGUCUGCGUAACAUGGGAAAAAUGUCACGAAAGAAGUUUGCACAGUUGGCCAGAGUUUUUACUCGUCGUAAGAAACGAAGCUCUGCAAAGGCAAUUCUUAGCCAAGGUCCUGCACCAUCCAGAGAUAAUUUGCUUUUGAAUGCUGAACCCCUCUUAGAUGAUGAUGAUGAUGACAUGGAUGAGCAUGUUGAUAAAGAAGCACAGAGUGGUCAUGUUUCACCACAAGUGCGAAUAGAGCACCGAGAAUAAGACUGAUUCUGGAGCGAGAAUUCACCUGUAAAUGGAAAAGCCUUAGUUUUGUCUUGGCUUAUGUCUACAAUGCUUGCAUCUUACUUAAAUUAUGUGAUUUUCACUUCUGUAUAGUAUAAAGUGAAUUUGUAAGUAUGUGCCAUUUUGUGUGUGUGUGUGUGUGUGUGUGUGUGUGUGUGUGUGUUUCCGAGAGAGAGAAAGCAGUUGUCAAGCUACAGUGAAUUGCUGCCAUUUCACUAUGUCUUAUAUACAUUUAUCAGGGGCUCAUAUUAAGUAAUCAUUUCCACCAUUUCUGUUAUAAAUUAUCUCUUUAUGAAUAUUUAAUUGGUUUAGGUUGCUUUGAAGAGUACUGGGUUUAUUGUAUUAACAGAAUUAGAUCACCUGCUUAGAAAUCGGACUUAAAAUUUAUCUUUGUUUAUAUGACACACAUCUUUCUUGUUUAAAUUAAAUUUUUGUUUUGAGGAAAGAAUUUGGAACAGCACCGAGAGACAUGAAAGAUACAUGAAAUAUGCCACUUGCAGACUUGAUUCUUGCAGCACAAUUUUUCCUUCUUUGAUACAGGCUAGUACAGGCAAGAAAUUUUACCACUGGUAGAGUUAUUAGGCAUUUCUUCCAUACUACCUAUACUGACAUGUUGCAGUUUAUUGUCCACAGUGGUUACUUCAUAAUAUUUUUGUUUGAUAUGCUUGCUGAAAAAGUUAACAUUUAAUGAGAAUGGUAGAACUUUAUAGCUUUGAGCACUGGAGCUAAUGACAGGCUUGUACUCCCUUCAAACAUUAUUUGUAGGUUGUAAAAACUUCUGAGUACUUUGAUAAUGAAGUAAAUGAAAAAGAUUAUGAUUGUCUGUGAAAGUAAUAUAUGUUUCUCAAGUUGUAAGUUAAAGACAUUGUUAAGUGAAGUGACAGUACUGCAAAGUUUUGCAAUCACUAAAAAGAGUUCAUCAUUGUUAAUCACAUACUAAAACAAUUAUUAGUAGUCCACUCAAGGUCAGACAUAUCAUUAGGUUGCAAAUUGAAGACCAGAAGGAGGAAAGGGGAUGGGAGAGCCGGUGAUACUUCAUUGCAUUUACUAAGAUACUUGUAGAUCAGCAGUUUCUUAACUAUUUUUGUAGGCAAGAAUUUAUCCAAUGGGGGGAGGGCAGCUGACACCCCCCCCCC